AUGGUGUCUUCCUCCUCCCUCCAGCGCUCGCCAGAAGGAACACUACCUCGAACCGACGUGCAGCUCGCGAAGAACGCGUGGAAAUACGUCAACCGCAAGAUUAAGGAACAUCGUCAGAAUCGGGAUAAGAUGUCGGAGGGAGACUCGAAUCUUCAUAAGACGCAGUCGCAAGAGUCAGGGGCCAGUAAAGCGGAUACGCUGGUUCCUACCGGGGAUGCGACAGUGAAGAAAGGUCAAAAGUGA